GAAGGAGCAUGGAGAUCUCGUAAAGAGUGGUUUCAGGCAUACGCAACAUUCACCAACCAUGUAGAAAGUCAACAAGAAAUAUGCACCGACUAACUCACUAAACAGCGGUUGUUAUUAAUAUCUCCCGGCGCACACACUCGUGUUCCAAAUAAAAAAAAGUGGGAUAAUGUCAAUCGGAUCGCAUCGCCCCCUUCCCAGGCGCUACACUAACCGCGGCCUGGUUGGAUGGGUGACUUCUCCUUGGCUGACGGCGAGUCUCCUGACGAGUCCAUGCUGAUUGCGAAAUGUAUUUUGCUUAGCUGAACAGGCGCCGUCGGCCCCCCUUGGAGCCCAAACGAUCAACCGAUCAUCGUGUCCCGGUGCAUGGACAUCCCGGUCCUUCCUGACCGCAUAUCUUCGCUUCGGAGGGGAAGGAAGGUCAGCCCAGGAAUCAAAGUUGACACUAGAAAGGAUCGUGGGAGUAUAAACAGGACGCGGUGGGUUCCCGGGGGGGGACCUGUGGGAUGUUUCGUUUUAUUCCCGACUCUGCGACCGUAUGAAUCAAUGGACCUGUCUAUCUACCCAUCUAUCCAGAUUUAAUUCAGAUAGUAUAUCCUUCCUUCUUCUAUGAAGAGUUGAAUUGCGGGGAGUGGGGGCCUGAUCGGUAAGGCAGACCAGACCAUCCAAUCUCGUCCCGAAGAGGAAUAGCGUCGUCCGUCGGCAUUUUCUUUUUCUUUUUUUCUCUUCUUCUUCCUCUGGACGCGCCGGAGAAGAAUUCGCAAGGAAAACAGAGACCGAGAGGGCCGGAAUAUCCCCAAGACCAAACUUACGAGAUUCUCCUCGCUUAGCGCCGUGUCCCUGGACUGUUGCGCUGCUGGUUGCACCUCUCCCAUCCCAUUAUCUCCGGUUGUUUAUCCCAACUGUUUAUCUUCUUGUUUUGCGACAAGGAAGGGGUUUGCCGCUCGUCUGAUUCUCUUGUCCCGUCAGACCUAGUGAUCUGUUGCAAACAGACCUAGUCGCGUGACUGUGUUUACUUUGUUCGUCAGUUCGAGAGAGCUAGAUCUUAUUCUAUUUGCGUUUUGUUCUGUUUCGUGAAGACAGCUCCCCACCUAUAGUCGCGCAAGUGUGUAAGUGGGAUAUAUCGCGGGGUCAAAAUGGUGUCUUUCUCGUGCGAGGCCUGUGGUGACAUUCUCACCAAGAAGAAGCUCGACCCUCAUCGCAACCAAUGUCGCGGCGCAACUUUCACCUGCAUUGACUGCAUGGUGCACUUCCAAGGCACUCAGUAUAGAGCGCAUACGUCCUGUAUGACCGAGGCGCAAAAAUACGAGGGCGCCCUUUAUAAAGAGAAACCGAAGAAAAACCAACGCAACGCCAAAAACAACGCUCAGCAAAACCAGAAUCAGAAUCAGAACCAAAACCAGAGGCAAAACCAGAAGCCGAACGGCAAUGGUCACCGCGCGCCCUACGUUGAAGAUGCUACGGAUGUCGACAACCCUAAAACCAGCGCGGCGCCUCCGCCUGCUCCUACACCUCCCUCUAACGGUACGCAAAAGCCGGAGCAGAAAGAUGACAAGCAAGUCAAUGUGUUCGACUUCCUGGUUACCGAGAAAACUCCCAAUGCGUCCAAGGUCUCGCUUGGCGGGCCCAAGGAGCAGAUGCAAAUGGUCGACCACGCGCCCUCGGUCUUCGAGCCGAGCAAGGCUCUGGCACACCUCAACAACGAAACGGAGGAUGAAAGUAAGUUUUACGACGUGGCUUACGAGGAAAACGGAUUCUCUUACGGCGCCGAACCGAUAUCUCCGUCCGCUUACCCGAACAAGAACGCCCCUAACAAUGCUUCUGUAGAAUUCAUGACACCGGCCCCCAAGAAGAAGAAGGGUAAGUUGCGAGCAACUGGAGACGCGAGCGCCACGACGAGUGACAAGAAGAGGAAGCGUCGCACCGAGGACCAUGACAUGGAGGAUGCCGAUACCCCGAUGCUGGAUGCGCCAUCGAGCGUUGUCAACCACCCAGGUACCCCCAUGCUGAACCAUUCCGGGCUGACGGGAGGUCUCAACCGGAUGAUGCGAUCACCUUCCCUCGAUGGGGAGGAGGAUCACCCUCAGCGACGAUUCCAGGACCCUUCGUCCCCGAUCAAGCGCACGCGUCGGGACGAGAAGGAGAACAAGAGCGAUGCCGGUCUCGGCAUCUCCAUGAAGAACCGCGCGGAGCGUCUUGUAUCGUCCAUGUUUGGCGGCUCUUCCGUCUCUGGAGGCAGUGGGGUUAGCCACGAGCCCUCCGGAAAGGCCCUGGUUCGGGCGCGGCGACGAAGCUCCUCGGAUGACGGAAAUGAGAAACUGGAGGUCCGCCACUCCAAAAAGACUCAUCGCAUACGCGACCCCUCGACGGGUCAGGUCGUUUCGGCCGAUCCUCGCAAGAGCAAGCGCAAGAGCAGCGCUCAGACCGAGGGCGAUCGGCCGUCGCGACGUCUCAAACAGAUCGAAUAUCCCGACCCGGCGCACCCGCACUCUCCUCGAGGCCAGGAUGACCAAGUGGUCGUGUACGGGCAACCGAAUAUUCCCAACGAACUACAACGCGAAAUGGCCGGACAUUUCUUGUCCCUGGUGACCAAGGGACCCGAGAGUGGACGCGGGUUCUCCGUGAACAAGGUGCUGAAGCGAUUCCACCGUGACUUCACCGACGAGUUUGACGGGGAUCGCGGCCGCCAUCAAGGCCAGAGCCGCGCGGAUCGGGAGCGGAGGAUGGACGAUGAAAAGGAUCUUUGGCGAACAUUGCGUCUGAAACAGAAUGAGCGCGGAGAGGUGGUGCUUUUCUUCUAGUCAGUUUAGCCAGUGGAUCAGGGCAUGAAGGGAUAUGGAUCUUUGCAUAGCGACGUGUCUGUUGAUUGGACAGUUUGUUAGUAAUUUUCUUAAUGAUUUCUCAUUGUGAUUAUUGUAUAUUCUGUC